AUUUUUUAGCUAAGAGCAUCGAUCUCUUUUGUUACGAUAGGUUUAAUUUUUUUGUUUGGAAAAAUUCUUUAGGAGAACCAAACUAUUGUAUUUUAAUCCUGUUCAAUCCUACAAUUUGAAAAGAAAAUAUAACACCGUAGAAUCCAAGAAUUACUAUUCUCACUGACACUUGUUCGACAUGGCCACGGUAGAAGUCGAAAGAGUUUCUGGAAUUCCUAUGAUUGAUUUUAGUGCCUUCAGCAUCGAAAAGAAAACAAGACCGCCAGCAGAAAAUGAAGAGGUCCAGCUGUUAGUCAAACAGUUGUUACAUGCCUUUAGUACAGUGGGUUUUGUUUUCUUGAAAAACUAUGGAAUCUCACAAGACGAGAUUGAUACUGUCUUUGAUGUCAUGGACAAGUUUUUCAAUGCUGAUAAAGCCUCUAAGCUUAAAUAUUCCAAGUGGGAUGAUGUGCUCCAGAAUGGAUGGGAUAAGCUGGAAAAAGAAAGGCAUAGGAAAUCUUUGAUUUUCAGCAAUAACCCUGAUCGUCCAGCUGACUUAAAGGAGUCAUUUGACAUUGGACACAUUUAUGAAGACACUUUUAAAUGGCCUGAUGAUGAGGUACCAGAAUUCAAGCCUACGAUCAAAGGGAUGUAUGAAAAGGUUGAAAUCCUGGGUCUGAGGAUAUUAUCUGCUAUUGCAUUAGGAUUAGGCAUGGAUGCCGACACAUUUACAUCUCAAUACCAACACAUGGGAACCCAGAAGGGAAUGACGGCACUCAGACUUAACUUUUACCCUAAAUUAAAAGGCGACAUUGACGUCAAGCCUGAGCAGAUUCGCUGUGGGGAGCAUACCGACUAUGGAGGGGUCUCAAUUUUGUUUCAGGAUGAAUGUGGAGGCUUGGAGGUUCAAAAUGUUGAAGGGAAAUACAUACCAGUGACUCCUGUGAAGGGGGCCGUGAUUGUCAACAUCGCUGAUUUAAUGCAAAGAUGGACUUCUGAUAGACUCAAAUCAACUUUCCAUCGAGUUAUAGUCCCUGAAAGUAUCAAGAAAGAAAGAGACCGUCGCUCAGCAGUCUUCUUCUUUAAUCCAGACCGUGAUGCAACCAUAACUUGUCUUGAUGGUCAAAACAAAUACCUGCCAAUCAAAUCUAGUGAUUACAUCACGUCAAGGCUUGCUUCUGGCUACAGUAUUCCAGUACCAGUUCAGCAGUGAUGAUUAGCAUAAUGUCAAUGAUAAGAAAAAUUUGAAUCACAAUGUUCAGUCAUCCAACAUAGCUGCCAGUACAUGAACGGGAAAGACUUUUAUAACUUUUUCGUCAAGUUAUUUAUUACAGAACAAUAUCAUCUAUUUUCUCCUAAUAAUUCCAGUAUUCUAUAAAUUGUGCAUUCUGAUUGGCUGUCAGAGUGAGAGCUAUUUUUUAUCUCUGACUGCAGUCAAGUAUCCUGGGAUAAUGGAUUAUAAAAACAAGUUGAAAAAUAAAUGGAAAAAAAGGUUAUUAGAUUCUAAAGUCGGUCCAGAUAGAGAAAGACUGUGCCCUCUGCCUUGAACACAUACUUCAGCUUUGGUUGGUAUACACCUAUUUUAAAAAACGUUGUCAGUUAGAUAUCUGAAAUCAGAAAUCUGAGACCGAUUGGAAUUGUGGGGGACUGAGUGUUUUCUUGUUCAAAAUUCAAUGUACACUUACCCAGAUAGUUUGCCAGCACAGGUGUUUGCUCAAAGUUAGUAAAUCAAGAUAUUAACUUUACAAACAAUUUACAGCUUACAAUCCACAAUUCCUUUUGGUCUCACAUUUCAGAUCUCUGACCGACCUUUUUUGAAAUAGGUGUAUAUUUCAUUGCCUAGACCACAGUAUAUCUGGACCUCCUCACCAGUAAAUAAUCCCUAUAGCUGAACAUGUCUUAGCUGCCAAUGUUAUUUAUUUAUGCAACACACCACAUUAAAUGUUAAAAUUCACAGUUUGGGUUUCAUGUCUCUUAAGCACAGGAAGAACAAGGAAGCUUUCUAUUUCUGCAUGAAAAAUGCAUGAACAUUAGGGGCAGAAAUGUUAGAAAUAAUAUAUGCUUUGCUUUGUACGUAAUUUGAAAAAUCAGAAUAAUAUCAGAUUGAUUGUCCACAA